AUGCAUGCUCUGCAGGCCGAAGAGAAUGAGAUGAUUUGGCAUGGCAAUCUCCUUGAAUCUGAACGCCUUUCCCCCCACAUGGCACAGUCACUAGAUAAUGGCCAAUUCUGGUUCUGCCUUGCAGCUACAUCUAGCUUCGGAUUUGAUGAUAUCUACUGGAAAUUUAUCGAUCCAGUGCAUUACGGUGAAUUCACCGCCAUUGAAGAUCGUAUUGGACUCUUGAUUCAGCAAGAACAAGACGAUUUGAAACCAUUUGUUCAGCUCAAGAUGCAACAACGGGAGGAUGCUGACUUGGAGGAGCAUCGGACUUUUAAUGAGAUGUUUUAUGCCUGA